CUUUUGUUACGUUUCUGCCCACUCUUCUGCUUACGUUUGCAGACGUUAACGUGAACAAAUGUUUGCCCCGCGCAGCGAACAAUGCACACUGGAUAAAACAGGUGGAGACUGGUUCGCGCAUUGACUGCAUGUUCGGGUGGAAAGAGGGACAAUCCGCUUUUUGGCCGUCUCCGGCAGUGGCGCAGUACAGCAAACAAACAGGCAAGGGGGUUAGGGAUGACUCGUCUAGCAGCUGAAUGAAAGUGAUGCUCUGUAAACAAUCGCAAAGACUCUUCUAGGUCCUUGGCCGAUCCGAUAAGGGACGUGUGGACGUGUGCGUGAUUUGCAGAAUGUUGCAUUCCAGUUCGCGGCGGAGUCACGUUCCCGGAAGCGGAGCAUGACAUGUUUUUUUUGUCGAUUGCCAUUAAACUCCUCCAGCAUCUGGAGUUAACGUCGUUGAAGGGGCGGGAGAGAAAGAAUGCUCUCAAAAUUGAACUGCGUAGUACGCCGCGUCUCAGUUGUUUGUAAACUUCGAUUCAAGGUCUAAUUAUGAAAUGUCCUGCCUCUUGAUGUCGUAUGACAUGAACUGCACUGAUUGUAACGUGAGCAGCUUAAGCAGCACAGCCAUGGGAAAGAUGAUGCUGGGGCACAAUGGAGUCCGAAGCAGCAGAGAGUAUAAAGAUAGGGCUGCUGAUGGUGAGAGCAAACAGGAGUACCUUCCUAAGUACCGCAAAACGUAUCCGCUCCGGAAACGUAUUCAUUGUCAGUCAGGCGAUAUCUCUUCCCUGGAAAUUGCCAAGGAUCUGGAAGGGAUGUCGGUUGACGGAGCGAGUCCUACGCAGGCCAUCACAGAGCACUGGGAUUACCAAGGCAGCCGGGACAGACUACGAGCAGAAGGGCCUAAGGAAGAGAGAACUGAGGACACUGGAAAGGAGAAUGACAGGACAGCAGCUGUGGUGCCACGUGCUGCUGAACCACGCCCUCGAAGGCUGGCCAGCCUGAAUGCAGAGGCGGUCAACAACUUGUUGCUGGAACGCGAGGACUUCCCAUCAUCCAGCCGUCGAUGCCGGAGGAGCACCAGCUGUAGCACGGAGUAUAUAGAGGGCAAGGCUGGGCAUCCAGCCAAACGGCGGAUGGGAAGCCUGGGCAGCUCGUCAGAUGGCGAGGUCUUCGCCAAGGCGGAGAACGGCACUGCUCUGCCCAGUGGCAGCUGCCCAAAUGUAUCAGCUGAAUCGCCAGCCAAAAAGCGCAUGGCCAGCCUCAAUGCUGCUGCAUUUCUCAAGUUGAGCAAUGCCAAGGACAACUCUGCCACCCGCCGCAGCCGGGCUGAUGGGGAGGGCAAGCCCGGAAGGAGGGUGCCCUGCUCACAUGCACUGGCUGGGCAGCAGUGCACGCAAGCCAAGAGGAAGGACCCACGGGGCAGCGUCGCUGCUGGACCAUCACCAGUUGCCAGCGCUGGGGACUGCGAAGGGCCGCCAGGGACGGAAUCUGCCUUCUCGGGCAGGUUGUCCAGUACUGCAGACCUUCCCUGCCAAUAUGCAGACAAGGCCAAGCAAUAUUUACGUCGAUUCUCAAUGUUCAUGGGAGAUCAAGCCAUGGUUCAGCCUAAGUGUCAGGCUAUGGAGGGGAGCAUGCCUUCAAGUGCUGACUUUACACAGCCGUUCCAGUCGCACUCAAAAUUGACUCUGCUGGAUAAUUUUGUGUCUGCUUCAGACCACUAUGACCUGCUGCCUCCUGAUGUCUGUCUUGCUUCCUCCGUGGAUGAGCUCUACUUACAGUAUGAUAGAAAUGACCUGUUGCCCAUUGGAUGCAACUCUCCACGCAGCUGCUCCAUGUGUUCAGCCAGUUUCUCCUGUUGUACCUUACCUGAUGAUGAAGGGACCCUACUCGUGUCACAGAGCACUGUACCCUCAGGUAUCCCUUUCUCAUGUGCUCCAUGCAGGGACUCCCUUUGCUUUGUGGGAGAUACGGCCUCUGUACAGUGCGUGGGUGUCACUGGCUACGAUCUUUGCCGAGUGCUUCAUCCAUCACUGAGUACGGACAUAGUCGGGAGGACUUUAAACUCAAGCCAAACAAACUCUCUCCACAAACUGGGACAGAAAACAGACAAGUAUAAGUCCUUGGAGCCACACUGUGUAACCACCCCAGUCACAGGUCAUCCGGUGUCACCAGCAAAUCCUCUCUCAGGCUGCCCUGUGCCUACAGCUCCUUCUGCUGCUGAGCCUGUCCCCCAAAUCCAGCGCCCUGGUUUGGACACACCAGCAACCACUAGGCCCCACACCUUAUCUAUGCUGAAGCUGACCCGAGAGUGUCCACAGAGUUCCAAACCUUCCAACAGCUCCAAGCCCAGCCUCCGUAAUGCAGUUUAUCAGCCUGCCCAGCAGAAUAAAGCUGGCACAGGCCAUACAGAGAGUAGGCAGCAGAGAAUCAGCAGGAGACGAGCCACGAAUGGCUGGCUGCCUGUAGGGGAGCCCUACGAGAAACCAGUUUAUGUCGUGGGUGAAGUGCAGCCCCUGAUUCGCAAGUGUUAUUCAGCUGUUGAAAGAGAUGGAGAAGUGGUCAAGGUUCGGGACACUGUUUUAUUGAAGUCAGGACCUAGGAAGAAAUCAAUUCCAUAUGUUGCCAAGGUUUCUGCACUCUGGGAGGACCCUACAUCAGGGGAACUCAUGAUGAGCCUUUACUGGUACUACAGGCCUGAGCACAUCCAGGGAGGCAGAAAUCCCAGCAUUCACUGUGAGAAUGAAAUCUUUGCUUCUCGGCACCAAGAUGAGAACAGUGUCGCCUGCAUUGAAGAGAAAUGUUAUGUGCUGACUUUCUCUGAAUACUGUAGAUUCUGUGCCUUGGCAAAAUGGCGAGAGGAAGGGUUUCCUGAUCAGAGGCUAGUGGUACCACCUUCUGAAGAGUAUUCUACACCUUCACACCGCAAGGUGCCAGAAAACACAGAUCCUGAUCUGGUGUUCAUUUGCAGGCACGUUUAUGACUUUCGUCAUGGCCGAACUCUGAAAAACCCGCAAUAGUUAUGGCACUUCCCAGAUUCCAAGAGACCUCAGGUGUAAAAAAAAAAUGAGCACGCAGCAACAGAAAGAAACCAGAAUGAAUGGAUUUUGACUGGAGAUGUAAUUCCACAAAGCCUUCCUGAUGGACAACUGAUACUCUUACCUUUGCCUUAUGUACAUAGAUUAGAUGAAUUUUUAUGACCUGCUCAAUUGACUGGAUACCAAAGGACAGUGACCGACCUGAAGACUGGCUCCUGAGAAAUGGUGCUAGUUUCUGCACUAACCAAUUCAACUGUCAUCGCAACACUCGAGUCACUUUUCUCAUCCUCAUCCUUCAUCACCACUAACAACGGGUCCCAUUUCCCAAAAGAUUGCUGAUGCAUUUCACAAUUUCUAUCCAUUAAACGCAGCGACAAGAGAUAUUGCACUUGUAUUCCAAACCAAUUUAUUUCUCAAAUGACCUUUGCCCAAUUUCCAAGCUGGCCAUCAGUGAAUGCCAGCACUAAAAUGUUUACGUCUGAAUUCGGAUAUCAUUCCAAAUUCUUUCUCUUUUUUCUUUAUUUUUAAUUAUUAUUUCAAAGAAAAUUGCUUAUUGGAAUUAAAUUUCAAAAAUGUAUUGACUUUUGAGGAAGAAAAAUUAAUAUAUGAUUUAAGUUUGAUAGCUAUGUUUGAAGAGACCUUUUUAAAAAAAAAUAGUUCUUUCUCUACUGAUGUUCUGAUGUUUUCACUUGAAAGGUUUAAUAAUGUUUGAAGUGUUAGGCCCAUGGUCAAUAGAAUUAAAGAUGUUUCUU